AUGUUCAUCUUUUCACAAUUUAUCAUUUUUCUUUGUCUUUUGUUCAACGACGUCAAUUGUCUUGGUGGAAAACCGUUCCACGUGGCACGAAGAGAUAUGACUGGAAAGAAUUAUGCCGUGUUGGCAUUGUGUGAUGAUUCAUCAAAAGGGCAUCACAUAAAUGUGACUUUGAGUUUAAGAAAUGACGCUGGAGAUAAUCUGGAAAUCGUUCAUUUCCGGAACUCAAAAGAACCAAUUGAGAUCGAAGACCAUUCUGCUCAUAAUAUCACAGAAGUUGUUCUAACUGCUGACGCUGCACCAGUUCCAUAUAACAUUCAGAAGGUUUCCGUCAGAAUUCGUGAUAAUCUUUUCAAACUUCAUGUCAACCAAGAAUGUGAUGACGAAGACGAAUUCAUCACAUCUAAAACUCAACAGACAUUUUGGAGUCGACGAAUUGAUUGUGAAAGAAAAGAUGUUUACUGUGACGAUCGUCAUGACGAAUUUCUGGGAUGUGAAUCAGUAUUUGUCUAUCACAUGUCAUGGAAACGUGGAGCCACUGGAAGGAUUUAA